UACAGUCACAGGCAGAACCAGCUGCGCUCCGUGAGAAGGUCUGGGUACAACCUCGAGCUAUUCUCGUCUGAAAUGAUGGCUGGCGGGCAAGACCCUAAGUGGCAGAAAGAUGCCGCCGACCAGAACUUCGACUACAUGUUCAAGCUGCUCAUCAUCGGCAACAGUAGCGUGGGCAAGACGUCCUUCCUGUUUCGGUAUGCCGAUGACUCGUUCACAUCGGCCUUCGUCUCGACGGUCGGCAUCGACUUCAAAGUGAAGACGGUGUUCCGCCACGACAAGCGUGUCAAGCUGCAGAUAUGGGACACGGCAGGACAAGAAAGAUAUAGGACGAUCACUACAGCAUACUAUCGAGGUGCCAUGGGCUUCAUACUGAUGUAUGACAUCACCAAUGAAGAAUCUUUCAACAGUGUUCAGGACUGGGUGACUCAAAUAAAAACAUAUUCUUGGGACAACGCACAGGUAAUCCUAGUUGGAAAUAAGUGUGACAUGGAAGAUGAAAGAGUAAUCAGUUUUGAAAGAGGAAAGCAACUUGCAGAACAACUGGGAAUUGAAUUUUUUGAAACAUCAGCUAAGGAGAACAUUAAUGUGAAAGCUGUUUUCGAACGGUUAGUAGACAUAAUAUGUGACAAGAUGUCAGAGAGCCUGGACUCGGAUCCAAAUCUCAUGAAUGCUGGCUCUAAAGGAACACGUCUGACAGAACAACCUGCUGGUCCACAAAAUGGAAGCUGCAAUUGCUAACUGCUUCUGGAACUGUAAAUUAAUCAAAAUAAGCAGCCACAAUGUAAUGGGAAAUAAAUUUAAUAUGGAAUUAAAUAUACCUGAAUAAGGAUGUUAACAUUUAAAACAGAAUUGUACAGUAAAUAUGUUAUGUGAUUAAAAAUAUUUCUUAAUAGUGAUAAGUGCCAGUGUGUAUUUAUCCAGGUGUCUAAAUAAUGAGAACUAACCAAACUUAGGAAUUACACGAAUACAAUAACAGAAAGGUAAUUAAGGUGACUGCAUUCUAUGAUACUUAAAUAAACAAUAGUGUAAGAAAAUGUUUGUGUGUAAGAAUAUAUACAUUCUGAAUCAUUGAAAUCGAAAUAUGUGUUUUCUGUUUUUAUUGCUUUGUAAUUGUAGUUACUGUCCAUUAUCUCUGGCUUCUAGGUUUCUUGUUGUUCUGUAUUUUCUAAUGUCAAACAUGUUACCUCAGCCAGUUGUAAGUAUGAUAGCUAACUCUGUUUAAAAUGAGGAAUAAACUAUGAAUAAUAUUCAUGGAGAGAUGUCAAUUUCUUGGGAAACAUUUUGUGGGUAUAAAAUAUAAUUUUUAUAAUUAAUGAUCAUUGUUCAAGAAUGUUUAUGACAGAAAUAAGAUAAAAGCUUCAUAGAUCAAAUACACACUUCUUGAAGAACUGAAAUUCUUUUCACUGAAAGUCCUUCUGUAUUUCUACCUGUCUGUAUCUAGUGAUCAAUGCAAAUGUGUAGAGAAACAAAUUAAAUGUUCGUAUUAUGGCCUUAAGUAGAACUGUCAAACAGUUAGUAGCUUCACCUCCCAGUAUAAUAACAAUGUAUUCAAGGUAUUAUUACUGGAUAUUUCAGCAAAGAGCUUUAUUUGUUUCCAUGCAAUUGUUUGAAGUAGUAUGUGGCAUGUAAAGCAUUUUGUGUGCUCACUGUGUGUGUAUUUUCCUGAUCUAUGUGGCUUGGACUGUUGUGUUAUAUUAAGUAUUCAGUUGUCACAAAUGUGGUAGAUUUAGAGCUUCAAUAUGUUUAGCAUUUUUUAUAAUAUUUUCCAGUUACAUAAAUAUUUGAAAAACAUUCAAAGUACCAUUACUUUUUAUAUCACAACAUUUGUGUUCAUCAAAUUUUUUAAGUAACAAUGUUCUCUGGCUGUAUAUGUUUGUUUCAGAACCUUUCAUUGUCUAUUUUAUCUCUGGUUUGUUGACUCUUCUCUGUAAGAGAUAUUAUUUUUUAUAAUUGGUUCUCAAGACCAUCAAUUGAGUACUAUUAUUAUUGCAUAUAGCUAUUAACACCUGAUGUCAUUGUGUGGCACAUCAUUGACUAUAAAACUGAUUGUAUGUGUAAUACAUGAGGGGUAGCAAAUCUAUAUUUUUAGACUUUAUUCAUGUAUGUCCUGAAAUGUAGGCCUACAGACAAAAGACUUUCUUUGUGUUCAGUGUCAAGGAAAAAAAUGUUAUUAGUUCUUUUGGACUAUAACAUGGGUAACAAGCCACUACAAAGAACUGCAGCCAUUAAAAAACCAAGUACACAA